CCACCACUGCUCGCGGCGGACGGCUCGGAAACCCUUCCGGCGCCGGCGGGCAGCGGGCCCCACGAGAACCCCCCGCUGCCCUCUCCGCCGCCCCCUUCGACCGUUCCCGUCACCUACUACGCCAUGACCACGGAGCAGGCCAUCCUCAAGGCCCAGCAGGUGAUGCGGGACUACAAGCGCCCGGACCGCCUCGAGCUCAAGCUCCUCCAGCAGCAGGCCGCCUCCCAGCACUAUUCGCAGGGGAUGGCUUCCCCCCUUCUGGAAGCCGGAGGUCUUCCGCAUCCGCCGGCCUCGCUGCUGCCGCACCCGCUCAAGCCCCCCCGGACCCGGGCGGCCCCGUCCACCCCCCUCGAGGGCGUCGUCGACUUCCUUUCCGAGCCCAACCCCGAAACCGACGACCUCUUCUCGGUCAACCCCUUUGGCGUCCACGCCCACGACGUCCUCAGCGGCCGGGGGGCCUACGUCAACGGCCACGUCGGCAACGCCCGGCUCCGGGCCCUGGCGAUGGAACGAAAGCCACAGUUCGACGCCGGGAACUACACCGAGAAGCGGGUCCUGGCGGCCGAGAUCGUGGCGGCCAUCAAGGCCCUCGAUCCCCCCGGGCGGUUCCUCAAGAAGGCCUCCAAGGAGCUGCAGGCCGAGUACCAGGCCCAGCAGGACCGGUUGGCCAAGGCCGCCGAAGAGGCCCAGGAACCGCAGCAAGCACGAGAACCACCGCAAGCACCAACCGAAGGAGCAGCGAACGAAGAGGCCGCCGCGAAGGAAGACGAAAGGGCCACCGGCGGAGACCCCGCGACGAAGACGGAACACGCAGACCCAGCGGUUGCCGGCAAUGGUGCCGAACAGAACGGGGAAACGGAAGCUUCCGGUGACGCCGCUCGGUCGUCCGCUCCGGCUGUCGCUCCCGGCACCGCGGAAGAAAUCGGCACGGCCGGGGUAGACGCCCUCUUCAAGGCGGCCGAGAAGGCCCAGCAAACGGGCGCCGAAACAGUCGCCGUUCCAGUCGCAAAUGCACCGCAAGGACCAGAAACACCAUUGGUGCAGGUUCCGGGAACCGCACAGCCGAAGCAGGCGCAGGCGCAGGCGCAACAAGAACCACCCGCACCGGCAACGGCCCUGGUGCACCUGGUGGACGGGGUCUGGGAAGAACUCUCCGACGACAAGGCCAUCCACAAGGCCUGCCAGGUCAUGCGGGACAUUUCGAGGCCCGAUCGAAAAUACCGCGAGGAGCGGCGGGAGCAGCGGCUCCAGCGCAAACAGAACAAGCGCCAGAAGCUCCUGGGGAGAGCGGGUUCCUCGGAAGCGGAACAAACCGGAACCGGUGUUGCGGUUGGUGUCGGGGCUGGUGUUGGUGUUGGUGUUGCCGAAACGGAAGGCGAGGGAGUCGCGGCUCCGAUUGCCCCCAUGGGCGACGACGGGGCUACCGCCAUGGACGUCGUCCACGACGCAAACGACCACCCCCCCGCAGCAGCCGUGAUGGCAGCCUCGGCAACAGCCACCGCCACCACCACCACCGCAGCACCGCUGGUGGCCACACACCCCCAGGCAGCCGAAGCCACGGCUGCGGCCACCGGGGCUUCGGCGGUGAUGCCAACCUUACCAAUCAAGGCGGAAACGGAAGACGAUGCGCUGACCGCCGAGGGCGAGGCCGCCGUACAGGUCGUGGACAACGCCCUUCUGGACGAGACCGCAGCGGUGGCGGCGGCGGUUCCCGCACCGGCCGUUGGCACCAAUCCGGCAGGCGCAAGCGCCGCAAUGCAUCCCGCCGCUCCCCCGGACGAAUCCAUGCCCACAGACGCGGUGGUAGGUCAAAUCGAGGUUUAAGCAAUGAACGAAGGAAGGAAGGAACGAAUCAAUCAAUCAAUCGAUCAGCGAAAU